AUGUGGCACUUGUCGAUGGCCGACAGCACAACAACCACAGCACGAGAUGCUGUUCCUGAAGUUGAUCACUCCCUUAGCUGGUGGCAGGAGCGGCAGCUGCCUUUCUUGGCAGCUACGGAGAACUCAGGUGUUGUCCUGGUAGUCGGUGGUUCUGACGGCUCGGCUGCGCUUCGCUGCUCCGUUAUCCUACCGCUCCUCCUCUUACAGCACGACUGGGCUCCUCAGCGAGUACACCGGCACCAGCCCCAGACACAUAUAUUAGUUGCCCUGGAGACAAGAACUGCAGCAGAAUCAGCCGCAGCAGCUGCCAGGGAGUGGGGUGGAGGGCGUUAUGCAUCAAGUAUUAGUACACAUAAAAGCACCAUCAGCAGCAGUACCCAAAACAGCAGCUCUCCUCCCCGCGUCGUGUAUCUUACAACUAGGCAGUUGCUGCAGCGGAUUCUACAACAGCCGUUGCUAUCGAAUUGCUGCGUUGUUGCGCUUGAAGUGUCUUUACAACACGGCUUUAGCACCGAACUACUUCUUCCACUACUGCGCAAAGUGAGACGAAAGAAACCUGCGCUGAGGGUGCUGCUACUGCUACCUCCCGCAGCAGUACAGCCGCAAUGGACACUGCAGCUGGCCCAAUUUUUCGCUUGCAACGAAGACGCAGCAAGGCCAGAUGCUGCAAUUAUUCCGUACAGCUCGGUAAAAGCCCUUGAGGCUGCAGCGCAACAACAGCAGGAUUUCCAGCUGCGCUUCUUCACACCGAAAAGCAGCCGAUGGGAUGUUAAGCAAAAAGAGCCGAAGGCGAGGCCUCAGCAGCAACAGAAGCGGGAGCCCUCAAUAUCCAGUUCAGACGCUGGGAAGCAGGCAGCAGCAGAACCCUUUACACAGGCUUCAGGCGAUGCCGAGUCUUUGGAAUGCAGCAGCAGAAACAGUAGAACAAGAAGCAGCAGCGUUUCGUGCGUCUCGUCAGAUGAAGUGGUGGUCUUGGGAGUCACCGCAGGGCAGCCGCGCACCGCUCGUGGGAGACCCGCGAAACGGAAGAAGGCCAAAAGCAAAGACAAGAAGCUGCAACAGCGUUUGCGGAAAAUCCAGAAAAAGCUUAAGAAGAUGAAUAGCAGCAGUAACGGCGCCAAGAGCAGCAGGAGCAGAGCAAAUGUCAAUAUCAGUGGGUUUUCACGGGAACAAGCAGCUUGUAUCGAGCGAACAGACACGCAGGCCGACGCAGAGCCGCCUAAGCGAUUCCUAUAUAAUACCUCGCACGCGACAGAACCACUUUUCGACAGAAACAGCGACGAUGAAGCAUCAUUAGCAGCAACAGCAAGACCCGCUACAGAGCUGGAAACACAAGGAGGAACAACAUCUGCGCCCCCACAAGAAGAGCCACCAAAAUCUCGCGAGGGUUUAAGCGGCAGUAGAGCAGAGGGUCCGCUGUUGUAUGCCAGCCUUCACGAGGAGUCCUCCAUUUCUAAAGGAAAUUUUUCUUCAGUUUCAAUAAUAUCUGUCACACCACCAACAAAACGCGUAGCUGUUCGCUAUCUUAAGAAUGCCACCCCCAACUUCGUUGGAGCUGCUGCUGCUGUAGUCUCAUUGCUAGUGACUGCUUCUCCAGAGGCACAAGGAGGGGUUUCGCAUUGUGGCUCAAUAUUUGUGUUCGUACCGUCUCAAGAGGAUGUCACUGAACUUGCAGAAAAGCUUCAGCACUGCUUACAGGAGGUAUUGAAACAGCAGCAACAGCAACAACCGCAUUUGCAGAAUCCACCGGUGGAGGUCGUUUGUUUGGCUCCAGAUUUAAGCCCCUCCCUGGCGCCCCCCUCCUCCGCCCUCCGCAUUUUCAUAUCCCCUUCUCUUUUCCCUCCUUGUGUGUCGCCCGCCGUUAUGCCCAUUAGAUUUGUCGUAGACUGCAUGUACACUCGAAGAUCUGUCUUCGAUCCAUUUCUUCGUCUGCAUCGAUUCUGCAAUGUUCCCAUCAGUGGGGCGCUUGCUGACCUGCGGGCAUCCUUGGCAGGACGAUAUGCGGACGGAGGCUGCUGUUACCGGCUCUGCACUGCGAGUGCAUUCGCAGCUACUUGUGCGCGAGGUGCUGCCGCAUUUGCUGCUGCCGCUGCAACUAUCCACAGGGAGGCCUAUGGAGAGUUACCAGCGUCGGCCCUGGAAGACAUUGCUCCGCUGCUACUACAGCUCAAGGCGCUGGGUGUACAUUCUCUGCACCGGCUGCCGUUGUUGCAGCCACCACCCGCUGCUGCUGUUGCUGCUGCUGCUGAACACCUACUGCAGCUUCAGGCGGUAGAUGACGGGGGCCGUAUAACUAAGCCACUCGGAUGCAUGAUUGCACAGGGCUUACUUUCCCCGGAGCUCACUCGCCUUCUCGUUAUCUCUACAGAGCAGGCGUUUGGAUGUUCCGUAGAAGCUGCAGCGGUCUGUGCUCUUCUCGGCGGGCCUCCUGUGUGGCAGCGCCCUGCUUUAGAGAAUUGUGGCAUGUCUCUAAAGGAUCCUUUGGUUGGACAAAACCGUCGGAAUGCAUCUGCAGCACGGCAGCGGCUUGCGCUGUCUCGCGCGUUGCUUGGAAGUAUCGAGGGAGACGCAGUGACAGCCUUGAAUGUCUUUAACCAGUACUAUGAUAUAGAAAGCGAACAGGGAGCUGAAGAAGCCUCCAGAUGGGCGGAGAAGCACCUUGUUGAUGAGCAAGUGAUGUGGCGUGCAUCAAAGAUGCGGAGGGUGAUCCUGAAUUGGAUGCAAAAAUCUGGGCUGCCCUUAGUGACUUGCAAAGGGGACUGCAAGCCGCUCCUUCGUGCACUGGCGGCAGCAUUUUGCCUAAAUGUGGCAAAGAAAACACACGACCAGAUAUACAGGCUGUUCAGACUCCCUGGGUCAGCAAGCUCGCCUCCGUUCGUCAUACACCCCUCCUCUGUGCUAUCAAACUGCGCGCCUCCAUUUGUUGUAUAUGGGCAGGCUUUCGUGCGGGAUGGCUGCGUUUACAUGCAGCAAGUAACAGCAAUCGAUCCACAAUGGCUGCCUGAAGUUGCUCCUCAUCUUUUCACGAUGAACUCCGCAGAAUUCCACACAUAG